AUGAAACUUCUAACGCAUAACUUUCUAUCAUCCAGAUUUCUUAAAAAUGUGAAUAAUGGCUAUCCACUCAUUUUACGAGCAAAUCAAAAAGCGAAUAAGGAAGUGGAAUUCAACGAGAAGUUUGUGCUCAACAUGAUGCCAAAGGUCGAUUAUGCUUCGCUGUAUAAUGCUGCACUGUCGAUCGGUGAGGCAGGAAACAUGCCAGAGUCAUUGCCCGACGAUUGGGAAACUAAUACCCCCGUCUUGAUGGAGCUGCAUCGAGUGAUGCUCUGCGUUGAAAUCAUAGACGGCGAAUUGGAGUGCCCGGAUACUGGACGAAAAUUUCCCAUCAAGGAUGGUAUACCCAACUUGUUAGUCAACGAGAAUGAAGUUUGAUUACUGUAUCGGAUUCAUCAGCUAUUUCUAUGUACUAAGCUCUUGAUGUUCUAAUUUUUUGGAUGACUCUAGGUUUUAAUGUGGUUGUGCACAUUUCAGAUCGUUAUUGUUGUUAUCUUCUUGUUCUGUCUCCUUUUUGUUGCAUAUGUAUUUCCUUAUACCGGUAUCAUGUAGUGUAAAAGCGCACUCUCCCGAAAAUGUAAUCGCACAGCUUGUGUAUUCGCCAGCAUAUGUUUGGUCGCGAUAAACUAGAUAGACUUUGUAA